AUGGUCCGGCUGAUCACGCAUAAUUUACUCGCAUGCCACGUCAAAGGAUGCACUACAAAUAAUUUUCCACUCGUAUUUCAGGAUGUUCAAGUCGAGCUGCAAGAGGCAGAAUUCAACCCAGACUUCAUUCAGAAUAUGCUGCCUCGAUUGGAAUGGACUGCGCUGGUAAACGCCUCGAAGCAGGUCGGAGAUACGUCGCUACCUCUAGAACAGCCGGAUAUGUUGGACGAUGAGCUGCUUCAGAAGCUUCAUCAUGUUUUGAUGGAGAUCCAUGUUACUGAUGGUGCGAUGGUCUGUCAAAAUUGCAACCACGUAUAUCCCAUAUCUAAUGGGAUCCCAAACAUGUUACUGGCUGAGCACGAAAUCGGCUAA